AUGAGUGCCUCCAAAAUCAAGGGUCCCUCCGAGGGUAUCAUGGGCCUGAGCAUGUCCGAGGCGCGCCUGCUCCUCCUGGGCCUCGUGUGCGAAGACGGCGGCAAAGUCGACUUCAACCUGCUGGGCCAGAAGGCAGGCAUCACGGCCUCCAGCGCCCGUACCAUGCACCCCAAGGCCAAGAAGAAGCUGAUUAAGCUUCAGGCCGCCAGCGAGUCCGAGGGUGGUGAGGACACCCCGACCCCGGUCAAGAAGAAGGCCACUCCCAAGAAGGCUGCACGCCCCGCUAAGAAGCGCAAGGUGUCUGAGCAGCCUGAGGCCCAGAAUGAGUCCGAGAUUGCCGACCCCAUCGAGGGUGCCAUUGCCGGUCCCGAGACCAACGAGGCAGAUGCUGCCGAGUCCGUCCGCUGGUGA